AAAACUGUGGAGAAGAGCCUAUAUCAAGACAUGGUGACUUUUACAGGGAACAGUUGUUGAUGUUUAGCUUGAAGAACAUUGUCCUGAAGACAUCUAUGGUAAUUGGGAAGACUUGAAAGUUCCGUUUUUAGUAUAUUUAUCUAAGACACUAAUAAUGGAGAUUGUCAGAAACUGCGUUAAUAGUUCAUUCACUACAAAUUGCUGACGUUUCUCUAAUAAUGUGCCAUAUGUUAGAUAGCAGCCAAAUGGUUCUAGGAUACAGAAAGAUUGAAAUAAAUACUUAUGGUGCAUGAUACAACAGAGGAUGAUCUUGUUGGCUGACGAAUGUUUAAGUUUUUUAGGUCACCUGUAGCACAACCCAUACUUGUGAAUUCAGAUUAAUUGGUGUUUUGCCUUCUGAAUAUUCACAACAGUACUUAAGUGCAAAAUAAAACUACAUGCUCUUCACAUCUUUUUUAAAAAAAAUUCCCCCCAAUAAUGAUCAAACAGAUUCUAAAUUGAUGGCCAAUGGAUGAGAAAGGGGAGUACAACAUAUGGAUUUAAAAUAUGUUUGCAAUCGUAGUCAAAAGUCCUUCUGACCCAACUGAUUGCUCAUUGUGUGAUCAAAAAUUGAACCCUUCUCCACUUGCUGCUGUUUCAGUUUGACACUUGGGUGGGUGUGCAAUAUUCAAACAGGAAGAAUCGCUGCGAUUUUGACGGAAGUUGUCUGUCAGGUACCACCACCUCCCCCACAGCCGGUUCAGUGUAGGCCAAGUCGGGCCCGUGCAGCAGCGCCUCCCCUGGGCCUCGGGCCGCCGCAGGAACCCCAGCAGCACAAUGCCCGGAUGUGACUGUCAUGGCAGCUCAUAGGGACCCUCUCACAACUUCCCAAAGAAAAAGAAUUGCUAUCACUCUGAAGAGUACUUUGUAGCCUGGUUUGUCUGAGCUAAAAUUAUGGAGAAAUGAUCUCUCUGAGCUGCCUUGUGAUAUAUAGCAAAUGGAAAGAAGACAUCUAACAAGUCUCCACAACAUCCUUGAUUAACAUUCCACAAAAAUUGAAAUAUGCAAUCUGACCAGAAAAACUUUGUACAAACUAAUGAAGCAAAUGCUUUUGCAGGUGCAGUUAGCAAGAGAUACUAUAAAAAGAAACUAGCUUCGUCAAUGAAAAAGGACAAAGGAGCCGCACAAAAGCGUGCACGUGUUCCAUCUAUGCCUUCAGUGACUCUGAAUAAGAAUGUGAAUAAUCAGGCUUGUCAAGAGCUGAAAUUUAAGCUUAAAAAUGUAAAAAUCGUUCUUUCAAGAUUAGAUGUGCAGAAAAGCAUCUCUCCACACUUGGUUGCAAAUGACAGUAAAAUUUCACUAACUAGAUGUCAAACUGCAAGAAAAUCCAUGAGGACGGGUGGCCGAACUUGGGUGGACCAUCGGAAUAUUUCAUUCAAGGAUAGUUCUUUGCCGCAGUCAUUGGAUGAUGUACCUAAAACUUCACAGGGGGUGGCAAAAGAUGUACUAGUAAAGGUUCUACGUUUUAGCUGUGAAAAAUGCAAAGAUAGUGCUGAAUACAACCCAAAACAGUUACUGAAACAUUACCAGGAGUUGCAUGCUGCAGAUUUGCCUGUAUAUCCCUGUGAGUUAUGUAGUUUUACUGCUAAUGAUUUUCAGACACUGAGCCAACACCGAUUGAAACAUCGCACUCCUCUUCUUAAGUGUGAAGUUUGCAAUGAUGGUAAAAUGUAUACUCUACAAGAGCUGAGAAAGCAUCUAAAUUGGAAACAUGGUGUAAAUGGUAAUUUUCGCUGUGAAAAAUGUCGGUUUUCUACGAAGGAUCAAGGCACAUUUAUUCAACACAUUCACAGACAUGAUGUGAUUCAAUACAAAUGUGGUAAAUGUGAGCAUGUAAGUUAUACAAAAGGUGAGUUUCAGAGACAUCUUGUUGUACACACAGGAGCUUUUCCCUUUUGCUGUCAAUACUGCAAAUAUGGUGCAACACGUAAAGACUAUAUCAUAAAACACAUUAAUGCUGUCCACAAGAGCCUGACAGAAAGUAGCAGUUCAAAACCAGAAAUGGAUUCAGGUCAGAAAGGCAAAUUGAAGAGUUCAGCGGGUCUGAAACUUGUUCUGAAAAGAUAUAAAAAUGGGGUGUCUCGGAAAGUACAGUGGAGAAAGAAAAGGCAAAUACUGCAUUUGUCAACUACAAAGGAUAAUGCUAAGAGAUCUGAUGAUGCAACAAAAAAGUUUAGCCAUCCAGUACAACAGUCUCCAGUUGUCGAUGUGAGUUUAAAUGAAAAAGUAGUUGGUCCCAAAGAUAUCAACAUUGAGAAAGAUGAUAUUCUGCGACCAAAGUCAACAGCUUCUACUCCACAGAAGUCAGCAGAUGCAAAUAGCUCUAAACAAACAGCUAUAAAGAUUGUUCCAUUUCGGCCCCCUGUCCUAAUACUAAAGAAUAAGUUAUCAGUGCCACCUAACUAUAGUGCUCAAUUUAUGGGCUUCAAAGUUGUAAAUGGCAAACAGCAUUUGGUAUUGAAGCUAAUACCUACAAGUAAACAAAAUGUAAGUGCUUCAGAUUCUCAAAAUAAAGCUGGUAAUGAUGGCUCUUUAUGUUUGCCUCAGAACACAGGAAAUUCAGAUGCUAAAUUACCCUGUACACAAACAUCACAUGCGAAUGCAGAAUUCAUUAGAUUAUCAAAUAUUAUGACAAAUCAGCCUCCUGUAUUAAUGGUAACAGACAAUUCUACAGCACCAAAGAUACAAACAUCAGUUCCACAGCUAUCUCACAAACUUUCUGUAACGAAUGAUAAGCUUGCUCAAGUUAAGGCAAUAGAGCCAUCAAUUAUAGGCAUGAGUUCAUCUCUCACAGGCAAAUUAUUAUUGCCAACAUCAUCUUUGAAUCUAAUUGAGUCCACAAUAAACAAAGGUAGACCAGAUAACCAAAUUAAACAAAACAAGACUUCAACUCCAGAAAACUCUUCCAUUUCAGAUAGUUCUUCAUCUCUGACGUUUGUAUCUUCAACCAGUAGUCAAAUUUCUUCAAAGGGAUUGCAAUGCUUAAUGGAGCAGGCAUCCAGUGGAAAAGUUAUGUCUCAGUCAGACAGUGAUGCUUCAUUACAUACCAUAAAAGGUUGCCAUUUACCUUUUAUUCACAAUUAUGCUAAGGUGAAGGUUUCUGCAUCAAAUGAAUCUUGUGACUUGAUGAUGCAGGGUGAUAGUUCAAAGCCAGUGACAAUCUCUCAACCAUCAGUAGUCCUUCCUCAAAGUACCUUUAAAGAUGAAUCAAGCUCUGGGCAGCCACCCAAAAUGGAAGCUCAUGGAAUUCAUAUGUCAAGCCUUCAGCAACUGCAGUGUAUUGUAACAUCUCAAGCCUCUAUAAAUUCAAAAUAUGAUCCAUUCAAUGGAAAAGUUUCAACAGCUAGCACAUCCAGUUCCAGCAAACCACCAUCAACAAGCAUUUCAUCCCAGUUGCUGCUUGGCUGUCAAAAUCCAGGUAUGAAUGAAUUUAAUUCGCCUAUGAUUCUGCAAAUGCUGGAACCUUCUGAAAUUGUUGAAGAAUCUGAUAUAGACAGAAAACCAGUGGCAUCAAAAAAUAUCUCUCACUCAUCUACAGUACCUACAAGUUCUACAACAUCAAGUUCUAAUUCCUUUUCAGCUUCAAGUCAACUUGGAGCUGAAACCCUAAAUCCAAGGUGUGAUGAUCUCUCUAGUAAUCCUAUUGUUGACUGCAACAUUAAUUCUUGCUGUGCAGUAUUAAGCACAGUUGUUUCAGAUCAAAGUAUUUAUUCUAACAAUGUUGAGGAACCUAACCAAGUUAAUUAUGAUAAAUGUUUGCAUAAUGUACAUUCUAUAGAAGUACCAAUAUCGGAAAAAUGUGAGUCUGAAACCUUAAAGGUUAGUGAAAUGGAAUUCAAAAAUGUCCAUGAAAUGCAAAAUGGCCAAAAUUGUAUGUCAGUGCAGGGACAACAUAAGCUUAAGUGUAUAAGUAAUUGGUCCUCUACAACAGAUCGGAUAUCUAGCUUGGAGGGAAAUACUAGAUUUCAAAAUAUCAAAGUGGAUGAAACAAUUUCUAGCAUUAGCUCAGGUUCACAAGGAGAGAUCCUGGAUUCCUGUAGAUCUGAAUCAUUUUCAGAAAAAUCAACUUGUGUGAGUAAACCAGACGUAGAGAUGAUGGACUGUUCUAUCAAUGAUAACCAGGGUCACAGUGUUACUGCAGAAGGCUUCUUGGAAGAGCAAGUUAAUGAUCGUAGUGUUUCCCCAGUAAUGCCUAGAAUUACAUCUGUGUUCUCGUUGCAGACUGGGGAUGGAAUGAGUUGCUUGGCACCUGAAGAAAAUCAGUUACUACUUGAUGCAUUGAAGGCCACCUCCGUAUUUGAGAAUUUUUGCAGUGGAUCACAGUGUCCCCAAAGUAGUCCUCCUCGUUUUCCAGAAAAACAGACCAGUACGUUUUCUGCAACAAACAAAAUGGAUUUACAUAAUUAUUCUAUUAAGCAGAACUGUUGGGCUACGCAGUUGGACUCUCUAAAUGACAGCUGUGUUUUAGGUAUUGACAAAUCUCUUGGUGAGAAAAGAACACAGCAGAUCCUAUCUCCAUCUGUAUCAAGUAAUUGCACACUACCAAAUGUUGCAAAAUUGAACACACUGUUAAAGACUCAUUCUGCUGAAAUAAUUAACCAGCAGUUGUUAAAGGAUGCAAUUCGUACUUCUGCUAAUGGGAGCAGUAACUCUUCUAUCGCACCUGUGACACUUCUAGGUCCUUUGCGCCUUGCUGGUAUUGCUAAAUCAGUUGUGAUCCAACCAUCACAGAAGGGUUCUGCAGUGCCCUUGCAUUUGACAAAACAACCUAGAUUGCAAGUAGUCUCUGGGGGAUCAGUUCCGCAGCCAAAAGUUGUUACGGGAAACUCUGCCUCCCUGCCAGAUAAGGGGUCAGGUUUAGUACUUACUUUUGGAAAUGGAGCUCUUGGUGCAGUUGCUAGUAUUGUUUGUGGUGGCAAUCCUCAGACGUUGGAUCGUACAAAUGCCAGUACACAAGGAUACACGCCGGUAUCUGACAAAAUCGUGCAAAAUACAUGUUCGUUAACCAGUGAUUCCAGAUUAGAUUGCAUGAAGACUACACCAGUAAACAGUUUGUCUUUCAAAGAUCCUUUGCCUAAAGAUCCUGUUUCCACUGUGUUUGACCAUCAUUCUUAUGCAAAGCUGACUUUUGAUACUAAUAACAGUUAUACAGCUGAGAAAGGCACAUUAAACAUAAAUGAUCAGGAUAAAAAAAAAAUUAUUGAACCACUUGAAAAUAUUACCUCUGUAUCAAGUAAUUCUCCCUCAAUUCCAUUAAGACAUGUGACUGUUUUGGGUUGUGAGAACAGUACAAAUAUUGAAAAUGUAUCAGACCAACAAACUGUUGUGCUUCAGUGUAUUGCAAAGAAACCUACUGAAACUAAACGUGAAGAUGCUAUUACAAAUUCUAGUUCCAUGCCUGAAGAAAAUGGGCCAUUUCCAAAAAAGAUUUUCUUGAAAUUUAUUAAAAGUCCUAGUGGGGAGUCAGGAAUGAAAAGCAAUCAAUUUCUGACAAAUUCCAUGGCAUUUCACAGUGAUGCUGCAGGUGACUUGACGAAGUCUUUACAGCAACCAAGUCAAACUGUGUUGUUUGCUGGUGGCUCUCCAUGUAUCCUGAUGCCAGUGAAUAAACCUGUGCUCUCAACUCCUGCAAAUGACAGCAUCCUUCCCCAACUCAGUGCUCAGGCUUCCUUUAAACUUCCUAUUCCUCCAGCUUCCAGAAGUUCACCCAUUCGAUCCGCUGAGAAAAGAAAUGCUAGUAAAGUCUCUUCAGUUUCGUCUCAGAGAUCUGCAACAAAACCAAUCUGCAGAUGGGAUGAUGAGAAAUCUGAUGAACUGUGGCAGCCACGGAAAUCAUGUAAUGAAAAGCUUGUUUUCAGAUACAGCAAGCGACUAAAAAAAAAGUUGGAAAAUUCUGCAAAUCCAUUAAAAACAGUAUCCAGUAGCUUUGAUGAACUUAAAGAAACAGAGCAAGAACAAAAAACUCCUCAAGUUAAGAAUAUCGCAUCUAAGCGUAGCAUUGUGAAGACCCUAAGACUUGUACCUUUUGAUCAUGGGCAACUUAUUAGAUGUCCGAGAAGAAACCAACCUGUGAUAGUGCUUAACCAUCCUGAUGUUGAUGCCCCUGAAGUGGUUAAUGUAAUGAAAACCAUUAAAAAGUGUAAAGGAAAUGUUCUCAAAGUAGUUUUAUCAAAAAGAACAAUUAGUGCUUUGUUGGAUGCUUGUAGCAGUAUGCAAGUAGCUGAGAAAGGAUUCCUCCUCAAUCAGGGCAAAAAGAUAAAACCGGUAAGCCCUGUCAAGGAAAGAUAUGUGCUGAAGUUAAAAUUGAAAAAGACAAGCAAGAACAAUUAUCAGAUUGUAAAAAACAUUUCGAAUAAAGCUAUUGAAGCUAGAUUCAGCUGCUGGUUUUGUGGUCGAAUAUUUGAUAACCAGGAGGAUUGGGUGGGUCAUGGUCAACGUCACUUAAUGGAAGCUACAAGAGAUUGGAAUAGCUUGACUUGUUGGUAAUGCAUUAAGCAUCAAAAGGUCUAAGAUUGAAAGUAAUUUGUGAUGUUCAUGUUUUGCCUAUGUCCAGUUCACUGCACCACUUCAGUUAAUGUAAAUUUAUUGGAGAGGAACUGUCUUAUGAAACCUGGAUGAGAGAAAAGCAUUUAAAUUUGAAUGUACUUAAAGGCCUUUAUAGACUGUUUCACAGUAUUUUCUUGUUUUGAACUAUUUAUAACAAUGGCUGUGGCACAGUAUUGGGAUUUACCUAAUACUUUGGAUAACACUAAAUAAAUGCACUCUUCAGAAUAUCUUCAGAAAAUUUGGUCGGAAUAGCCAUUUUCUUUCAGGUUUUAUUAUGACCGAAUAUCUUCAAUAAGGAGGGAUGUUACUAAUUGUGGUGUAAAUUUAUUUUAUAUUGUCAUAAUUGAAAAAUUUACAAAAGUGAACCUGAUUCAAAUAAUUGUAAUGUCUUAAUUACAGAUAUACUGUUAAGCACAGGUUGUGUGCUGGACCCAAGCAAAGACAAUCAUUUGUACUUUUAAUUGCUGUUUGCUAUACAAUAAGUUGCCAUGAAAUGAUUAAACAAUCUUUUUAGAUUUCUAAACAUUUGACUCUCAGUUUUCUGCUAUCCUGGUUACCCUCUAUUUAGUGAGUUGUCAUAAAAUGUGGAACUUCUUUGAUACAUUUUUUUCUUUGACAAGUUAUUUUGUGGUUAUAUACUAUGCAGUGGAGGAAGCAGUGCAGUUUGAAAAUUCAGCCAUUUGAUAUCUAUCUUUUAUUUUUGUCUAUUAAUCCAUGUCUAGGGGACAGUUGGUUUUCAUUGUAGAGUGUUGCCAACAGCACUGGUUCAAUCCUCUCACCGGCUGCGUUUACCAUGAAGGUACCACUUUCUAAGCCAGUCUGCUUGUCUGAAGUGUGGUGACACUCUGGUUAAACCACCAGAUACCUUUCUGUAAUGAGUCAUCUGUGACUAUGACGAUUUUACUUUAUCAUUGUAUGAUCCAUGGUCAUAAAGUGAAUCCGAAUUAUUCUCUGGUAUAUCUUGAGGUGCAUACUUUUCAGGACCUCCGAGCAUGAGCUCCAAGCUUUUUUUUGUAUUUUCAUGGGGUUCCAAAAUGGUUGGAGAGAAAAAAAUCCAAUGCUAAAUAUGUUUUUAAUAGCAUUCACAGUUUAUUCUUUUCAGAUUCUUUUCUUGAAAUCAAUUGAAUAUGAGAGAAUUUGCUAAACGGAAUCAGUCUUUGAAAAGGUUGGUCUAUGUGUGGCUGCAGGUUCAAUGUUUGGCAGGCAUAGAGAAUUAUUGCAGGGUGUGGCGAAAGAUGAUGACUAAUUGGGUACCCCUUUCAAAGAGUGUAAUGAUUAAUGUAACCUCAUCUGUAUUGUACUGCAAAUAUGUGAAAAUAAAAUCGUGAAGAGAUCUGGAAUGUUAUGAAGCUCUGGAUGGACACAGACACCUGAUGGCCUUAACUGCUCCAGGCACAAGGAAAUUGUGGCUGGUUUGCUCACUUAGUCUAUGCAUUGUUUGUCAUCUAUUGAAACUAAUGAAAGAUGCCAUUGUUAGAGGAGAGAGUUAUGGAAAAAACAAGGUAAGUUUGUACUCUGUUUAUGAGUAAUGACUGACAAUUUGAAAGAAUGCAAAUUAAUAUGAAUCUAAAUUGCCAAUAUUUGUAUCCUCAUUUGAAUGGCUGCUUGCAUUUAACCCUCCUGGCAUUGUUUAAAGUCUGCAUCUAUUGAAUGAUCUGUCCAAAUUAUUAUAAAUUUAGUAAUUUACUAUUUCUGCAGACUAAUUUGACUAUGACCCCUUUGAAAAUCUCUGCUGUGGUCAAAUUUAUACUAUGUAGAUUGUAUUUGUACAGUCAGAAAUUGGGUUACUGCCGUUCUGUAGAUGUGCAAAGGUACUCCUAGUUCUCUAGGACUCUGAUAUUUUUGAGCAGUAUGUAAGUGUUAUAUUUUUCUAUUUAAUUUUGAAAUUGUAAAGAUGAGCUGUUUUUAUAAAGCAAAUAUUUAUGUAAGAUUAAAUUGUUAUAUAUUUUUACAUCAAUGGUUUGUUGCUAUAAUAAGCAAUUUCUAAAGAAAUUCCUGUUAUUUGAAGUAUAAUUUCAGUUGACUAGUAAGUGCAUCAAAAGGAAUACUUGGAUAUGAAAUGUAUUUAAUGUGGAUAGGUGUCCUGCUUCAGUUUUUUUUCUCUUCUAAAUAAAACAAUUGCUUGCUAGAGUUGAAAUUGGAGAUUUUAUUUUGUUUAUUGGAAAUGGAUUGAAUGAGUUCCACAUAACUAAUCUCAAAACCUUAACAUGUUUUAUAGCUCUGCGCUAUCAAGUUUUGGGUUAUUCCUUUUCAAGCUAUUUACCAAUGCAUGAUAUUUUGAAUAAGUAUGUACAUUUUCUUCAGAAAUAAAGAUAAUUGAAAGCAA